GGCUCCUGGCACCCAGGGUUCAGGAAUCUCAGGCAUGUGGUUCUGGGCCCAGACGGGGGAGGGGGGCACCCUCCCAGGAGCAGGGAAUUAAGUGGUACCACAAUCUAGACAGCUAAUCAGCUCUGGGGUGGGGGAGCCUAAAGGUCAUGUGAAGGCUGGUCCUAAAUGGCCCCUCUCCUGUAGUUCUGGCAUGGAGCCCCAUACAGGAGCCCACCUAGCCCCUCCCUGUGAUGGGCUGGACCCGCUGGGAGUGAGAAGGGGUGAAUUCAUAUUUUCAAGUCUUUCCUGCUCUCCUGGCAGUCCAAGUAAGCAGCAACUGUAGGCCAGAGGUAUUGGAGGUGGGGAGUAGCAGGACCAGCCCCUGAGCCUGCCUCUGCUGUCUGUAAGUGCUGUGACAGCCAUGGGGUUCACCAGGAGGCCGCCUCACCCUCAGCCUCUGCUGCUGCUGCUGCUGCUGCUGCUGCUGUGGCUGUCCCGAAGCCUGAGUCUAGACCUGAUUCCCUAUGAGCCGCAGAUAACAGCCUGGGACCUGGAAGGGAAGAUCACAGCCACCACGUUCUGUCUGGAGCAGCCUCGGUGCGUCUUUGAUGAGCGUGCCUUUGCCAAUGAUACCAUCUGGCUGGUGGUGGCUUUCAACAAUGCCUCCAGGGACUUCCAGAACCCACAGACCUCUGCUAUGAUCCCGACCUCACCACAGCUACUGACUGACGGCUACUAUAUGACAUUACCCCUGUCCCUGGAUCAGCUGCCCUGUGAGGGUCUGGCAGGUGGCAGUGGAGGUGUCCGUGUGCUUCGGGUCGGCAAUGACUUCGGCUGUUACCAGAAGUCCUAUUGCAAUGCUCCCCUCCCGAGCCAGGGGCCCUACAGGGUGAAGUUCCUCCUGAUGGAUGCCAGUGGUCCACCCAAGGCUGAGACGAAGUGGUCCAAUCCCAUUUAUCUGCAUCAAGGGAAAGCCCCCGAUACCAUUGACACGUGGCCCGGUCGGCGGAGUGGCUCCAUGAUUGUUAUAGCUUCCAUCCUCUCUGCCCUGGCCGGCCUUUUGCUCCUGGCUUUCCUGGCAGCCUCCACUAUGCGAUUCUCCAGCCUGUGGUGGCCCGAGGAAGCCCCCGAGCAGCUCCGGAUUGGCUCCUUCAUGGGAAAACGCUACAUGACACACCAUAUCCCUCCCAGCGAGGCUGCCACACUGCCGGUGGGCUGUGACCCUAGCCUAGACCCCCUUCCCAGCCUCAGCCCGUAGCCUGAUCUCUGCAGCUUGGGCCUGGGCUGAGGGACAGAGAGCAGGGAUACAGGCCCUGUAGGGGGGUUUUGCAUCAUAGCUGCCUGGCUAUUGUAUCUUCCUCUUCUGGUUCUGUCCCUCACUAGACCUCUGUCUGUAAAUACAUUUGGAGAUGAUCGUGGUCAGGUUGGGAUCUGCUUAACUCCUUCAUGUAAGGCUGGAGAAGGUCGUUAGUCCGGAAGUACCACCCUUGUCCCGAGAGCUGGAGCUUUCUGAGGCCGGGACUCGCCAGUGUAAAGGUGUAAAUGGCUAUCAAUGGCAGCUCGGCUCCCUGCCCCAGCCCCUCGACAUACAGAGAUGGUUCCCACACUCAGCCGCUCACUCCACAUCAUUUAUCGCGCACCUGCUAUGCGCCACAUACAGCGAUAGACACGGCCUCGGGCAAAGCUGGUUGUGACUUUCAAGGGGCUGCCUUGCUUUGAAUCUCGGACGGACACCUGUCCAGAUGUGGGAUCUGUUAUUGUUGGGGAGAUGAUGUGCCCUCAAAUUGCCCUCAGGGUCACACUCUUUCAGUUACCCAUGGUGAGCUCUUUGGGAUCACAGAGCUCCAUCAAAGGAAAAGCUCUCCAGGACAAAGCCGGUGAUCCCCACUAGCACCGCGCGGGGGCGCCCGUGUGCUGUAGCCACGUGGCAUCAGAGACGGCGCCUGCGCUCCUGUUAACUUCUUCGUCGCCUGCCUGCACCAUCCACUCAGGCAGGGGUCGGGGAAGCCAGCCUCAGCAAGGUCAAGCCCGCAGAGCUCUCCCGUUCUCUUCGAAGGCGACACCUGAGGCUCAUUGACUUGCUUGCCCACACUGUCCAGCCACAUCACCCCUUGUACCCCAUGUCCCGUUGGGC